AGCCCCUCAGAAAACGAAGCCCGGCAGCCAGAGCCAGGUCGGCCUUCAGGCGCCCCUCAGCCGGCUCCUGUCCUGAGGCGAGGCCGCUUCGACGACAAGCAGGAGGCGGCAGCGGCCAUGUUGUACGCGGCAGGCGAGGGAGCCGCGCGGCAGGCGGCAGCGGCGACGACAGGAGGGGGCGGCGCGGGCUGGGCUGGGCUGAAGCGGUUGUUGCCGCCGCCGCUCCUCCUCCUCCUCUCCUCCUCCUGGUUCUCCCCUUCGGAGCCGGCGAUUGGAGAUGAUGAACAAGGUUAUGACCUAGACUUGUUUUGCAUACCAAAACAUUAUGCAGAAGAUUUGGAAAAAGUCUAUAUUCCUCAUGGACUUAUUAUGGACAGAACAGAAAGAUUGGCACGCGAAAUUAUGCAGGGCAUGGGAGGGCAUCACAUCGUAGCUCUCUGUGUACUUAAGGGGGGCUACAAGUUCUUUGCUGACUUGCUGGACUAUAUCAAAGCCCUGAACCGAAACAGCGACAAGUCUAUCCCUAUGACCGUCGACUUCAUCAGGUUGAAGAGCUAUUGCAAUGACCAGUCGACUGGUGAUAUAAAAGUAAUUGGUGGGGAUGACCUCUCAACCUUGACUGGGAAGAAUGUCUUGAUCGUGGAAGAUAUAAUUGACACUGGUAAGACAAUGAAGACUCUUCUGUCUCUGCUUAAGCAGUACAAUCCAAAGAUGGUGAAGGUAGCCAGCUUGUUGGUCAAAAGAACGCCUCGAAGUGUAGGAUACCGACCUGACUUUGUUGGGUUUGAAGUACCAGACAAGUUCGUAGUGGGAUACGCUCUAGAUUAUAAUGAAUACUUCAGAGAUCUGAAUCACAUCUGCGUGAUAAGUGAGACUGGGAAACAGAAAUACAAGGCAUGACAGCGCUGGUUCCACUGCACCAGCUACAAGAGUUUGGCGCUUACAUCCAAAGGGUCCAUUUUCCAUUGCCUUCGGCUCUGGCCACCAGCCUAAAACUGAGGAGUGCUCCAACCUUGUUGUCAUUUGCUUGCUAUAACUUAUUGCAUGUACAGUAUGAGGACCUCGUCUUGUUCACUUACAUUUGAGAAGCAAAUAGAGGGUGCAGUUGUGCAUUUCUCUCUUUCUCCCCCCUUUUUAAAAAUUUGCACUAUGAAUCCACUGAUUCUAGCUCCUUUCCUGAUGGAAUUUGCUAUGUGUUGGACCCAAGUUUAACUCUCCAAGAUAUAUUCCCCCCCCCGUCCUUUAAAUUUCAUCAACUCAGAACUGAAAUUGUUAUAAGUACUGUAAAUGUAUAAGGCAUUUUAAGAUGGGAGAUCUAUAUUAGUAAUAUUUUUUUAAAAAAACAACUAAUUUAAGUUUUAUAUUGUAAAGAAAGCAGAAACUGGGGUGAUUAUUGAAUAGCUGCUCCAGGGAAUGGGGGUGCUAUACUCUAUGAAACAGUGCUCUCGGAGGAGCAUGGACAAUGUUCUGCUAAACCGCUUUCUCUGGAGUUGCCUUACUUGCCUCUUACAGGAGUUCUGAGCAAAAAAAAAGCCAUUUUAGCCUGAAAAGAGAGCAAGUGACAAAAUUGAACGUUGACACAGCCACCAAGCCUUCCACCUCCUAAGAUUAAUGGCACAAUCCACUAGGAACUUCUUCCACAUGAGCCCAAUAGAAGAAAAUAGGGGUUUAUUCCUGCAAAGGUUGCUUCCUAGAAGCUCCAGGUGGGUUUCAUCUUAAUUUUCCUUCCCUUCUCCAUUGGCUUAGCAGAAUUGCCGUUCAGAUCUAACAGUCUGUGUGUAUUUUACAUCAGUGAAAAACAAUUGUGAUGUGUCUGUAUGAAGUGCACAAAACCAACAUACUUUAAAAUAAAGGCUGUCUCUCCAAAGGCAGCACCUGACAGCUUCA